GACCCACCAGUUCCCAUCAUUUUACUUUAACAAACCAAAACACUGAAUCCAAGAGCCCAACCAGACACCCACCGAGUGCUUCCCUAAACGGACGGCCAGCUGCCGUGGGAUUAGGGCACUUCUCUUGGGAAAACAGCGCAGGGUAAAGCGCAAGAAGGGGCCAAAACACGUCGGGGGGCGGUGUGACCUUGCGUGGAGCCCACAAGUUCCUGGGUGAUUGUUGCAGUUGGAUUGCUGGUUCUGGUUCUUAUUGCUCUGUCAGCUCGUGUUCUUGUCAAGAGAAAGCCACCCAAAGACCCGUUGUUUUAUGUUUAUGCUGUAUUUGCCUUUACCAGUGUAGUGAAUCUAAUAAUCGGACUGGAACAGGAUGGAAUUAUUGAUGGAUUCAUGACUCAUUACUUGAGAGAGGGUGAGCCGUACCUGAACACCGCCUACGGCCACGUCAUCUGCUACUGGGACGGCUCCGCGCACUACCUGAUGUACCUGCUGAUGGUGGCAGCCAUUGCCUGGGAACAGAGCUAUAGAACCAUUGGUCUCUACUGGCUGGGUUCCAUUAUCAUGAGCAUCAUCGUCUUUAUGCCUGGAAAUAUUGUGGGCAAAUAUGGAGCAAAAGUGUGUCCUGCUAUUUUCCUAAGUAUACCUUAUAUCUGCCUCCCCAUAUGGGCUGGGUUCAGAAUUUAUAACCAACCUUCAGUGACUCACGACACUCCAGUCAAGGUGGUUCAGGAAGUCCAGAAGAAAGGACUCUUCAGACGACCAAUAGAUUUAAUGUUAGCUGCUUACCUCAUUCUAGCCACAGGGUUUUGCAUAUUUAGGGGCAUGAUUGCCCUGGACUGCCCUGCUGAACUCUGCCGGCUGUACAUUCAACUGCACGAGCCCUACAUAAAAGAUCCUGCUGCCUAUCCCAAGCUGCAGAUGCUGGCAUACAUGUUCUACUCGGUGCCAUACUACGUGAUUGCUCUGUAUGGCCUGCUGGUGCCUGGCUGCUCCUGGAUGCCUGAUUUGACCCUUAUACAUGCUGGAGGACUAGCUCAGGCUCAAUUUUCCCAUAUUGGUGCUUCUCUUCAUGCUCGAACUCCUUACAUCUACAGAGUCCCUGAAGAAGCAAAAGAGUUUUUCCUGAUAUUGAACAUAAUGUACGGGAUUCUUCCCCAGCUGUUCGCUUACAGGUGUGUCAACAAGCCAGAGUUUUUUAUGAAACCAAAACAAGAAGAAAAAACAGAAUAGCAGAACUGUUUCCAGCUCCUGUCCUUGGCUAUGUAAUUGGGUUGGGAUGUAACUGAGCUGCUCAAAUGGAACCCCAAUGAAGCGUGUAAGAUGUGUAAAAUUGCACAACUGUGUAGUCGCACGGUCUGCUUUGUUUAUCCUACUGAAAAAGGGAAAAUAAAGACGCUGCCUUUAGCACCACUUCUCAACAUUGUGACUCUGCGUGGCAGUGGAUUGCCAGUUCCCACAGCUAUUUUUAAGUAAGCUGCUUUGACAGUUUUAGAAAUACUGCAUGAAGUUAAAUAAUAAUAAUGAUGUCAGUGUUUAGCCUCCGCACGCUGAAGAACAGCAGUGCUAGCAGUCCCUGCACAGAGCUACUGCACAACAUGAAGGUCAGCAUUGUGAAGCAUGAAAAAUUGACAUACAUAACUCUGUCACAUGCACAUGUUUUAUUUGUCAAAAAGUAUGUCUUGUGGGUCAACCUUGUUAAAAAUCCCAAGAAAUCUUUUAAGAAGCAAUCAACUCUUAUGGUAAGACUCCAUAUAUGAUAAGCAAAUCAUAAAGUUUUGUUAAUUCUCUUCAGGAUUCACUUCUGCAAGGACUGCUCACCUGCUUGCAGCUGAGCAGGUGCUCACCAGCACUGGUGGGCUGGGCACAGAGGGCUCAGGGCCGUGAGCUGCUGAGCUCAGGCUGCUCCUGUGUUUCCAGAGGAGGGGUUUUGGCCACGUCUCUGCAGCUACUCUUGCAAAUGCUGCUGGCUCAGAAACAAGCAGCAGCAAACACAGCGACCUUAGUUUGGGCAGCUUAUGUUUCUAUUUGCAAUUACAGCUAUUCCCAUGCCUUCUAUGUGAUUUUAUAUUAAAAGCAGUACACCUAGUGCCUUCUCACAGAUGAAACUAGCUGAUACAUUUUAACUGGAAACAUUUUAUUUGGGAAUGUUGACUUCUUGGUGUUUUGAUUGAAUGAAUUUUAUUUUAAGCCAAAUCGGUAGCAAGGAAGCAGUUCACGUGCCUGUGUGUUGCACCCUGCACGAGGGGACCUUCAGAGCACUGAGGAAUUCAGGCUGUAUCACUCUCCUGCUGAGCACUGCCGUGCAGUUCCCAGCAGCAGUCAGAGGAGAGGCAGGUGUAAAACAUACCUGCCAUGGGGCAGGUCCAAAACAACCACAGCACACCUCAGGCAAUGCUUGUUGGCACCCAGCAUCCCUAGUGCAGCUCCUUAGCUUUGGGACAGCUCCAUCCCAGUGCCUCUUCCCAGGGACACAAACCCAGUGCUGCCAGGCUGUCACAGGACGGGCUGGCUCACAAACUGGUAUUUGAGCCUCUGAUGUGACUUCUGAUGUCUUUAAAGAAACUUUGAAUACAUUCAAGGUGAAUUUAAUGACCUCCUGUUAUCCAGAAAAGGCAAAGUACAGAAAAAAUAAAGAUCUCACCUGCACUUGUAUCUAUUAUGGUCAACUCAUGUUAACAGAAUGUUUUGCUUUAAUACUUGACUUACAUUAAUACCUCACAUUAUUACACGUAUGAAGCCAAAUAUGACGCUAACUUAGUUGCUUACAACCUCAAACCUUACUCCCAAUACACAUUCCAAUAAAUUUAUUCUGUAAAAACAAUACAUUUUUUUUGUUUCCUUUUUGUUUUGUUUUGGUGGUUUUUUUAGUUUUUUUUUUCCUUGU